AUGGACCGACGUCCUCAACGUUCGGUCGAACAAAUCGAAGUUAUCGAACAUCGAAUAGUCGAGGAAGGGCGACGUCCAGUUGGUAGCGGUGGCGUUUUACCACCGUACAGCACCAUACGUCGAUCAACGGAGAGUUACGAGACGAGAGAUGUUCCAUUAGAACGUAGGUACGACUUUACCGGAGAGCGAGACGUGAGCCGUGAAGCUUCGUUUUUACAUACCUCCGCGAGCCAACAAAUAGAGGUAACCCCUACUCGCAGUCAAAUCCACACAGCCGGACUGGACACCUCCGGCAGCAGGCUGCCGUCAGCCCAACGUGUCGAAUUCGGCGACGUCUCUGGGAAUACCGUAAUCAACAACUACGGCUAUGACGUGCAUGAAAUCCAUACUUCUGAAGGUGGAGCUCGAGUUGUUGAAACACACGGUGGUGGACCAAUGAUGGAGACGUCUCGUCUAGAAAGCACCAGGAUCGAGGAGGUCGUUGAGAGGCCACCACCUCCACGACCGCCACCGAGCACCCACGGAAGAGAUUUGGGAUAUAUGGGUGGAGUAAAGACUCCAUCAGGAGCACUACGCACAUCAUCACAAAGUCAAGUGUUCACCGUUCCGUCACCACCAAUCCCUCGAACGGAGUCGUGGCGGCAUAUACAGAGCGACCAGGAUGCGUUUACAAGAAAGGAUAGCUACAGGAAAAUGCAACAAUCCGAUGAACUUAUGGAAUCAGUGGAAAACUCGAAAUCAUAUGCGCCUCAAUCACAAACCUCAUUAGUGACUCGCAGCUCCAGCCAUCGACGAGGAGAAGAAGGUGGUUGUUGGCAGCGAACUCGUGACUACCUCACAGAACUUUAUCAUAAUACACGAGAACGUGAAGUUACUCCACGAUUACUUGCCAGUUUAUGCUGUAUUCUAUUGUUGUUACUACUGCUUCUAAUUCUUAUAGGAAUCAUAUUGAACGCCUUAUUUAAUACAUAUUCUGUUAGCGAGUUCUUGUUGUAUCCGCCGGUUUGUGAAGAAUGUCGCCGGAAGAAUCCAAACCUGGUCUCAGCCGCUCUACCCUCAUCACUCUUCGUCCACUUCUAUUCUGCUAACCAAGCGCACUUCGAAUUGCGCGGAAAUGCACCGUUCAAGAGCAAUUCAUUCACUGCCAUUGACUUCCAAACGGGUUACAUCGCCAUCGCCGACCAUGCCUUGACGGAUUCAAGUGGCCGCCACACAACCUGCUUCAUAAUGCCUCUCGACCGCUCGGCUAUCGCCAGUAUGGAUGCAUUGAAAGAAGCCGUUGGUAACAGCGAUUCUGAGAUCCAAGCUUAUUUUGGCUGGCAGGAAUUCUGGCAAUUUGACGCCGAACCCAUCGAACCCGUUGCUGCGAAUUCAAAAUUUACGGAUAAAAUCGAAGACUGCACUUCAGCAAAAUGGUAUUUACUGAAGCAGGCUGUGCAUAGUAGAGACGCAUCAUGCUCGGACUGCUAUGAUUUUUGCCUUCCUGACUGGGCUGUGGUUCGUAAGGAAAAGUACGAGGAUGAGAGCACAAUAGGUGUGCGCCGACUCGAUUGCUUCCGACUGUACGUUCCUGAGUGGAGAAACUUUAGAGUGGAAACCGACCAAUCAGGAGGACAUUGGCAAUACCCAUUAGCAAGCCAGAACACUAAACGAGAUAGAAGUGGCAACUGGGUGUCCUGGAGGAACGAUGCACUAGGACAAUUCAACUAUUUAUUUUCCUCAAAUAAUCAGGACCUAGCCGUUUCGUGUCGUCGCGAGGUGGACUGA